AUGUGUCAUUUCCAGAUGGGCACUUCGGCCAAACCAAUGCUCAAGAUCGACACUACGGCGUUUGUGCUGCCGAACCUGGCCGGCAAUCUUCCGACAAGCACAAUUGAUCGCAGCAUUCUUGAUAGGCUGCCCAAUAUGCCAUUGGCAGAUCCGUCGUUUUUCCAGCCAUCUCAGAUAGACCUUCUUCUAGGUGCGGAUAUUCUUCCGUCUGUCCUGCUAUCAGGCUGGAGGCCAAACAUAUCCAUAGAGUCCGAAGCAACCAUGGAAAUGGAUCUCCCAUGUAGACUGGUAAAGGAGACGGACAAGUUGUGUGAAGACUUUUUCGUCCGAACAACUACCAGAUCCUGCGACGGGAAAUAUAUAGUAUCCCUGCCCUUCAAGGAUUCAGAGCACAUUGACUUGGGGCAUUCGAGGAGUUCCGCACUCGCACAUUUUCUGAGGAAUGAGAUUCGCUUGAAGAAGGAGCCCGCUCUCAAAGACACUUAUGACUCAGUGAUCCAAGAAUAUAUCGAUCUUGGCCAUAUGAAGCCGGUGCCUCCGAAUACCGACAAGAUAAAUUUCUAUCUACCCCAUCACGCAGUAUUCAAGCCCGAAAGUGCGACCACGAAAGUUCGCGUAGUUAUCAACGCAUCCAGUCCUUCUUCCAAUGGGAACAGCCUUAAUGACAUUCUGUAUCCAGGGCCAGUACUGCAGUCCGAUCUCACUCUUCAAAUCCUGAAGUGGCGGACGUUUAAAUUCGUUUUCAAUGCCGACAUCACCAAGAUGUAUCCGUUUCAGAGAAUCCUCUUUCGAAAUAGCCAAGGGGUUAUAUCCGACUUCGAGCUUCAGACGGUCACGUUUGGAGUGAAUUGUGCCCCUUUCCUGGCCCUACGAACACUGCAACAAUUGUCCGACGAUGUCAACGCCCAAUAUCCACGGGCGUCGCAUAUAAUUUCAAAUUAUAUGUAUGUCGACGAUGUGCUAGCAGGAGCCCAUACAGAAGCUGAAGCUAUUUUAGCCAUUCAGGAGCUGCAAGCAGCUCUGACCUCAGCUGGAUUCCCUCUCCGCAAGUGGAUAUCGAAUGAACGUGCACUCCUUAAAGCACUUCCUAAAGAGCAUCUACUUUCGACUGAUUUUCUUGAUCUCGAAGAGGUCAGCACCACUAAGACAUUGGGAGUACGGUGGAACGCUACGACGGAUGAGUUCUAUUUUGUCCCAACAGAGGUCACCAUUCAGGCAAACUAUUCGAAACGACGUCUUAUCCCAAAUCGCGAAAUUGUUCGACCCAGCUGGAACUACUACAUCGCUGGCAUGAUUUCCUUCGGAGCUACAGUUUCCUCCACCAAGUUCGCAUCCCGCGUUGGGUACAUUUCCAACCAGGUGUACAAGUCCAAAUCCAUGGUUUCUGCGAUGCUUCCCAAAAGGCUUAUGGCGCAGCAAUUUACCCAGUGGUCUCACGUGCGUUCCGAGCACAACCCAGCAGAUCUAGCCAGUCGUGGAGUAGCGGCUGAAGAGUUAGCUACCAGUGAGCUAUGGUGGCAUGGGCCUUCCUGGCUAACUCAGCCACAAGACUCCUGGCCUGCACCUUAUGAAUCAGUUUCCGACAUCGACAUCGAGAAGCGACCCAUACGUUGCCAUUUAGCAUGCCCGGAGCAGGACAUGCUUGAGCGGUUCUUCAAGCUCGACAAGGCAAUACGACUUUUCGCCUAUGUUCAGCGCUUUAUCCAGCGCGCGCAAAAACGACCUAUUCCAGGCGAGCUGCAGCUAUCCAAUACAGAGAUUUCCACAGCUGAGCGACUCCUAAUUUUCAUGACCCAGCGCAGACACUUUGCGCUUGAAUAUGCCUGUCUGAGCCAAAAGCGGCCAAUUCCAGCAUCCAGUUUAAGAACAUGA